AUGGAGGUGGGCAAUGGAACAUUCAUCACUGAAUUUGUCCUUCUGGGAUUUCCUGAACUUCAUGGAAUAAGGAUGGCGUUUUUCACUCUUGUUCUUCUGAUGUACCUCAUUUCAGUCUUGGGAAACUGUCUGAUCAUCACAGUGGUCUUCAUGGAACCCAAACUCCACAUGCCCAUGUACUUCUUCCUCAGCAACUUUUCUUUGGCUGAACUCUGGAGCACCACAGUGGUGGUCCCAAAGAUGCUGACCAACCUCGCCUUGGACCAAAACACCAUCUGCUUCACCUGCUGCAUGGCACAAAGCUAUGUUGCAUUCUCUAUGGGAGCCACACAGUUCUUCAACCUCACUGUCAUGUCCUUUGACCGUUACACGGCCAUUUGCAAACCUUUUCUGUAUAAUGCCAAGAUGACGAAUGGACUCUGCUUGUCUCUUUCGUUGCUGACUUGGUUCAGUGGGUUUACGCUGAACUUUUUUCAGGCGAUUGUUGUCUGGGCUUAUCCCUACUGCAGGCAAAAUGUCAUCGACCACUUCUUCUGUGAUGUUGGGCCUCUUUUGAAAUUAGCUUGCGUUGACACAACUUUGAUGGAGCUUAUUGGCGUCUUUUAUGGGGCUGUCGUCAUGUGGGGCUCAUUUCUCUUCACGCUGGUUUCUUAUGCAUGCAUCAUCACCACUAUAGUCCGGAUCCCAUCUGUCAGUGGACGAUCAAAAGCCUUUUCCACGUGCUCUUCCCAUCUCACUGUGGUCGGCAUCCUCUAUGGGGCAACCUUUUUUAUGUACCUCAGACCGUCGACCCAAGGCGACACCCGGAUCAACAAAAUGAUGUACCUGAUGAUUAUAGUUGCUUUGCCCAUGAUGAGCCCUUUCAUCUUCACAAUCAGGAACCACGAGUUCAGAGCUGCCACCAAUAAAGUACUGAGCAUAUUGGACCGUAUUCCUCCGUUUGCAUUCAUGGAGGUAAUGAAGCAGCAGGUGCCCAUGAAAAAAUGCCCCCCGUGCUCUCGGAAACUGUGA